AUGACCGUCAUCGCCGCAGGCGUCGAAGCGGCGAUCUCAGUGGCGGUGACCCCGCUGAUGGAGGUGGAGCUGGGAAGUCCGCUGGUGAUCCCCUGCACGGUCACCAGCUCCGUGGGCGACCACGUGGUCACCCAGUGGUUCAUCAUUUCACGAUCUUCGCGAACGAGGAUCUCGUACCGCGACGCGCGACUCUUCGUGGCGGACGUGGGCACCGGCUACGAGAGUCGCAUCGACGCUCGGCGCAGCGACUCCGCGCUGGCGCUGAGCGCGACGGUGGCCGCUGACGAUCGCGACUUCGUCUGCCAGGCGCUGGCGGGGCGCGCCGGCGUGGCCGAGGCCACCGCAAGCGUGCGGGUGUUUUCGGCCCCCACGGUGGCCGUGGCGUCCACCCAGAGGCCCGUGAUGCUCCACCAGCAGCACCUCAAGGCGUCGCUGUCGACGCCACCGAUUCGUGCAUAG